CCAGCCCCAGUCGCGGUCCCGCGCGCGCGCGCGCACCCACAGCUCAGCCACGAUUGCUCAGGAGCGCGUCCACGCCCUAAAAGCAAGGCGCUUAACCAAUCACUGCAGCUGCGUGGGGCAUCACGGGAACUCCGGGGCUAUAAAAGACCUGGUUGCUAUUUUAUGCUCCUCCGCUCACUCAUCCUUUAAGCAAGCAGGGUGGGGCUAGUGCGCGUGCGCGGUUUUAUUUCUCCGCCCCAAACUGCCAACUCUUCGCGCAAGCGAAGUAGGCUCACGUUGCCUGGCUUACGCGUGCGCACUAAUGGGCCUGGGCCCGGAAGACCAGACGCCUGCGCUGUGGGGACUACGGUGACAGCCCUCGGGGUGGGGCAUGGGCCAGUCAUGGCGGAGCCUUGGUCUGGGCAGUCCUUGCAGGCUCUACCGACCACGGUGCUGGGCGCGCUGGGCACCCUAGGCAGCGAGUUCCUGCGGGAGUGGGAGGCGCAGGACAUGCGCGUGACCCUCUUCAAGCUGCUGCUACUGUGGUUGGUGUUAAGUCUCCUGGGCAUCCAGCUGGCGUGGGGGUUCUACGGGAGCACGGUGACAGGGCUGUAUCACCGCCCAGAUCCCCACCCUCAGCCUGCUGCAGCUUUGGAUAUGUUCCUGCCCCCAGGUCUGGGCGGCCAGAAUGGAUCCACACCUGAUGGCUCCACGCAUUUCACUUCUUGGGAAACAACAGCAAAUGAACCUCUCAAAACCCACAGAGAAUAAGGGAAGGCAGCAGAGGGAUCUCCAGGGACAUCACCGGGUCUGCUGGUUCCCACACGGGGUUCUGCUGCUGCUCAGACCCCAGAGACAACGGCAGGGAGGUCAGGGUUGGGGGCAGGGAUUACCCCAGUGCUUGCAGGCCUGGGCUUCCACUGUGCUUGGCCUUGCCUCCAUCAGCUCCAGGCAUUGGGCCAGUAAAGUUUGCCUCUACCCUGAUCUGGGUGCCUUAAGGAGAAGGCAUGCUCCUCCCUCCUCUCUUAGGGGUCAGCUCAGAAGCCUCUGGGUUGGAGAGGCCAACAGUCCAUUUUCUGCCUUGGCUUUUUCCUGUCCCUCUUCCCAUCCCCCUGGGAUGUGACCCCAUAGAAAUUUGUCCUGAGAGGAAACUUAAGGUUGACCAGCUCUGGGAUUUGUAAGGGAAGCCUGUUUUCCCCUAAGCUCUAGGUUUCUUGAAUUUGUUUUUGCUUUGUUGGCAGGGAGCCAGGGAAUUCUGGACUGGACAUGGCCUUACACUGUGUAGUUACUUAGCUGGCCCAUUCAAGUGUAAGGCACGGGGGAGCUGGCACCAAACACCCACCUCCCUGGCCCAUCCAGAGCUUUCCAGGUGUGAGUCAGGCUAUGGAAAUGGUCUUUUCCCGGAUAUCAACUCAUUCGUACUUCUCUCUGUCCUUCUUGUUGGGAAGCCAGGUGCCUGAAAGGCUGAGCCCUGGGGGGUGGCCUUCCACCCCCACCAUUUUUAAGUGCCCGUGGGGUUAUACCCUGCCCCCUCACAGGGAGACACUAAGCAGUUAGUGAGGAGUUGCCCUAUCCCACCACGCCCUGCAGCUUCAUCACUUCCCAUCUUGACCCGAAGCCACAGGAGCCUCAUCCUAAGAGGCCAAUGUCUCCCCACUAGCACCAUCUCAGCCCCCCGAGAACUGUCAAACGGGAAGAGCCAUGGGCCUGCCACCUUCACUGUGGGCCGGGGGAGCUUACAAAGGUGUGGGUGGCACAUGCAGUUUCUGAAAGCAGCAUACCGCUAGAACUGCCUCCCAAGGCCAUACUCCUACCUGCUUCUGCUGUGCCACCAGCUACCUCAGUGUCCCGCCGCCUGCUUGCUCUAUUAGAGGUCACAUUUCCAUCUAGCAGCCUUUGGCUGGCCACCUUGGCAGCAGAGGUGCACUGGAAGUAGGACCACACUGAACUGAUGGACGUGGACUUCCUCCGGAGCUACCUUCUGGCUGGUAGGAUGACAGUUUUGUAGCCCCAGCCCUGCCCAUUGACACCACCCCGCAGAACCAGGGUCUCACGUUUCACCCCAGGUUCAACUGAGGAUGUAGCUUAUUAAACAUGGAAGUGCA